AUGUACAGAGAGCUGAGCACGAUUUUGAACUGGCCGGAGCCACACUUCCCCACGGGCAAGUUUAUUCUCAUUCGGGACUCGUUGGAGGCCGAUGGCGCUGUGCUGCUGCCCCAUUUCGUUUUCGGAUAUCUCAAGGCCAACAAGCGAGCCCUUUUGGUGGGAUUGGAGCAGAGCUUCUUUCACUACUCGGGCGUUGGCCGCAAGCUGGCGUGCAACUUGAAGGCGGCGCAGACGAAGCAGCAGUUCAUGUACAUCAAUGCCCUCUCGACUCCCUACGACUGGUCCGCUCCUUCUACUUCAUCAGCGCCGGCGGUGGCGGCAACGCCAGGACUGGACAGCUGGAGCCUGGGCGAGAACGAGGACGCCGCCUUCAAGUCGCUCUACCACAAGGUGAAGGCCUUCGUCGAGUCGAGCGAAGCGAUGGACGAGGUGUGCAUCGUCAUCGACAACCUCAGCGUGCUGCUGGAGACCUGCCAACGGCCGGCCCUCGUGCUCGACCUCGUCCACUACCUCCAAGCCUUCAUCCGACGAACCGAAAAUCGAGCGAGCUUGGUGGUGUUGGUGCAUGGCGAUGUAGAAGACGAUCAGAAGCUGGUGAAGGCGCUGGAGCAUCGAGCAGACAUCAUCAUGUCAGCUUCUGGUCUUCCUAGCGGCUACUCCAAGGAAGUCAACGGACAGUUGCUCGUACACGGUAACGGUGUCCCACAAUCUAAGCUGUUGCAUUUCAAGUCUCACGACAACACGGUCCGCUUCAUGUCCAAGUAG